GGCGGUGGACCGCGGGGGCGCGGGGCGGGGCCUUGCCGGGACCCGGAUGCGGCCCCGCCUCCCCGCCGCGGAACCGGAAGCGGAGCCGGGCGCCGGGAGCAGCGGGCGCGGCGGGGCCGGGACCGAGCGGGCCCGGACGGACCCCAGGCGGCGACGGAAUCGCUCCAGAUGCCUGGAAUUUCCUCAUCGGAUCACUGCGUUUCAGACAGGGACCUGUGAGCAGCCUUUCACCUUGGGGUAGGAAGAAAGAUGUGGAAAGCUUCGGCGGGCCACGCCGUGACCAUCCCCCAGGACGACGGGGGCGCCGAUGACUGGGAGACCGACCCCGAUUUUGUGAACGACGUGAGUGAGAAGGAGCAGAGAUGGGGGGCCAAGACCGUGCAAGGGUCUGGGCACCAGGAGCACAUCAACAUACACAAAUUGAGAGAGAAUGUUUUUCAAGAACACCAGACCCUGAAGGAGAAGGAGCUUGAAACGGGACCAAAAGCCUCUCACGGUUACGGCGGGAAGUUCGGCGUGGAGCAGGACCGCAUGGACAAGUCAGCCGUCGGCCACGAGUAUCAGUCGAAGCUCUCCAAGCACUGCUCCCAGGUCGACUCCGUCCGGGGCUUUGGAGGCAAGUUUGGUGUCCAGGUGGACAGAGUUGACCAGUCUGCUGUGGGCUUUGAAUACCAGGGGAAAACCGAGAAACACGCCUCGCAGAAAGAUUACUCGAGUGGCUUUGGUGGCAAGUACGGUGUGCAGGCGGACCGCGUGGACAAGAGUGCCGUGGGCUUCGACUAUCAGGGCAAGACGGAGAAGCACGAGUCGCAGAAAGAUUACUCCAGGGGCUUCGGGGGCAAGUACGGCAUCGACAAGGACAAGGUGGAUAAAAGUGCCGUCGGCUUCGAGUACCAAGGCAAGACGGAGAAGCACGAAUCCCAGAAAGACUAUGCGAAAGGGUUUGGAGGAAAGUUUGGCGUGCAGACGGACAGACAAGACAAGUGUGCUCUUGGCUGGGAUCACCAGGAGAAACUGCAGCUGCACGAGUCCCAAAAAGAUUACAAGGCUGGUUUCGGAGGCACAUUUGGUGUUCAGUCCGAGAGGCAGGACUCCUGUGCUGUGGGGUUUGAGUACAGGGAGAGACUGGCCAAGCACGAGUCCCAGCAAGACUAUUCCAAAGGAUUCGGCGGAAAAUACGGGGUGCAGAAGGAUCGGAUGGAUAAGAAUGCUUCCACCUUCGAGGAUGUCGCCCAGGGGGCCCCUGCUUAUCAGAAGACCAUCCCCGUUGAGGCAGCAAACAGCAGAACCAGCAACAUUAGAGCGAACUUUGAAAACCUGGCGAAGGAGAAGGAGCAGGAGGACAGGCGGAAGGCGGAAGCGGAGAGGGCGCAGAGAAUGGCCAAGGAGAGACGGGAGCAGGAAGAGGCCCGGAGGCAGCUACACGAGCAAGCCCAGGCCCAAGCCCAAAAGCAAACCCCCCCGGCGUCUCCCACCCCUCAGCCGGCUGAGGAGAGGCCGCCCUCAAGCCCCGUCUAUGAGGACGCGGUUUCAUUCAAGGCUGAGCCGCAGCCCACAUACAGCGUGGAGGCCGCCGACUACCAAGAGGCUGGUGGCCAGCAGGGGCUGGCCUACGCCCCGGACGCCGUCUAUGAGGCCGCAGAGGCCCCGGGCCACUAUCAAGCAGAGGAGAACACCUACGACGAAUACGAAAACGACCUUGGGAUCACGGCUGUCGCCCUCUACGACUACCAGGCUGCGGGUGACGACGAGAUCUCCUUCGACCCCGACGACAUCAUCACCAACAUAGAGAUGAUCGAUGACGGCUGGUGGCGGGGGCUCUGUAAGGGCAGGUACGGGCUCUUCCCGGCCAACUACGUGGAGCUGCGGCAGUAGGCCCGCCGGCCCUGCGCCACGCGUCACUCCCGCCGUCCGUGGGUUUCCGGGGCCGGGAGGGCCGUGGACGUACCGCUUUUAUAUUUAAUACUUCUGCUGAUGCUUUUGGAAAUGUUUAUGCCACAGAAUUUGCUAAUAUAUUGUAAUCACGUUCCUUA